GAUAAUCCGCUUCCGACAUGAUCGACAUGAGCUCCACUUCCGGGGGCUACAGUGACGUGACCUUGGCAUGUUUGUGUCACUUCUGCAGAUUCGUUUCCUGCUCUUGUGCCUCUUUGCCCGCUACCAAUGCCUGCUUCGAGAUGCCCAUCCCAGCAACACUAGAGGUAGCACCUGAGAAAUUGUCGCUACAGCCAUCGCAUCCAUGUCACGGGCGCCGUUGCUGAACGCGCCAUGGUUAUCGGAUUGCUCCUUGUCACCGCGAUCCCUGCGGUGACGGGUAUUUCGCAAGCAAUGCACGCGCAGAGGACUCGCGAAGAGCGUCUGAAAGAUGAAAAGCGCAUGAAAAGAUUCAACAUUGACGUGGUCUGCGAAGAUGAAGGGUCAUUGACGAAAGAGGCAGAUGGCAAGAGACUGGUCUUGAAGGAUGACCGUGUAUGGAUAGGCCCGGAGAUGGCAAUGCAGCCAUGUCCCGAGGGUUACGUCGCAGAAUGCUUCUACAUCGAGUACCCGGAUACCGAACGAAAUCCUGUACCCCUUGGCCUUGUUAGCCAGGUUCAAGAUGAUCCUCCCUUGUUGAAUUGGAUAUACGUGGACAAGGAUACUAUGGAGUUGAAGUACGGAAACAAAAGUGCGAGCAUACAACACCAUGUUGGGCCAUGGGACUGGACAGCGGAUGAGGUGGGUAUCACCUUUGACAAGAAACGGAAACGGUUUGUUGCUGUGGAAAACCCAAAGACGCACAAAUGGCAGGUUUAUUAUGACAUGAACAAUGAUGGACUGGUUGGAUAUGUACCACAACAAAGGCGCGGGAUUCAAAUUUAUCUGAAGCGGACGUUAGUACCAGAGCCUGAGGCAUGAUCUACAUAAUGUUAAUGUAAUGACAAAAAGAUGGCC